AUGUCUGAGCUCGCCCUUCUCUCCGUCACAGCCUCUUCCCGAGGAGCCUUCGGUGGGAGGAGAGCGAGUGCCUGGGUGGGCUCUGCGUCACCCUGUCUCCCUUCUUGUCCCACAGAACAUUCUGCUCCUGCCAAGGUGGUGAGGGCAGCCGUCCCUAAACAGCGCAAAGGCAGCAAGGUUGGUGACUUCGGAGACGCCAUCAACUGGCCCACCCCAGGAGAGAUCGCCCACAAGAGCGUGCAGCCGCAGCCCAAGUCCCAGCCCGCACGGAAACCGCCGCCCAAAAAGGACAUGAAGGAGCAGGAGAGAGAAGGGGGCGAGAGUAAGGAGAGCCCGAAGGCCAAGUCGGACGAGUCUGGGGAGGAGAAGAAUGGGGACGAGGACUGCCAGCGAGGGGGGCAGAAGAAGAAAGGUGGGUGUCGGGCCCGUCUGAGCCGGCCGGGGAGCCGGAGCCACGGGGAGUCCACGACGGGCGGAGCGUGGCGGGGGCGGCAGCCGCAGCGCUGCUCCGCCUCAUGGCGCGGUUUCCCCGCAGCCCACUUCGACUACCAGUUCGGCUACCGGAAGUUCGACGGUGCGGAGGGUCCUCGCACCCCCAAGUACAUGAACAACAUCACCUACUACUUCGACAACGUCAGCAGCACGGAGCUCUACAGCGUGGACCAGGAGCUGCUGAAGGACUACAUCAAGCGCCAGAUUGAGUACUACUUCAGCGUGGACAACCUGGAGCGAGACUUCUUCCUGCGGCGGAAGAUGGACGCUGACGGCUUCCUCCCCAUCACGCUCAUCGCUUCCUUCCACCGCGUGCAGGCCCUGACCACUGACAUCGCCCUCAUCUUUGCGAAGUCCGAGGAGCCCCGGCCGCCCCACCCGGCCUCCCUGCCUCCGCAGCCGCCCUCGCAGCCGCCGCCGUCCAGGGAGCAGGACGAGCAGGAGGAGCUGGAUUUCCUGUUUGACGAGGAAAUGGAGCAGAUGGACGGGCGGAAGAACACCUUCACCGCCUGGUCUGACGAGGACUCCGACUACGAGAUCGACGACCGGGACGUCAACAAGAUCCUCAUCGUCACGCAGACGCCCCCGUACAUGCGCCGGCACCCCGGGGGCGACCGCACUGGCAACCACACCUCCCGCGCCAAGAUGAGCGCCGAGCUGGCCAAGGUCAUCAACGACGGGCUCUUCUACUACGAGCAGGACCUGUGGACCGAGAAGUUCGAGCCCGAGUAUUCCCAGAUCAAGCAAGAGGUCGAGAACUUCAAGAAGGUCAACAUGAUCAGCCGGGAGCAGUUCGACACGCUAACGCCCGAGCCCCCCGUGGACCCCAACCAGGAGGUCCCUCCCGGGCCGCCCCGCUUCCAGCAAGAGCGCAAGCGCCUGGGCAUCGGGCAGUCCCAGGAGAUGAACACCCUCUUCCGCUUCUGGUCCUUCUUCCUCCGCGACCACUUCAACAAGAAGAUGUACGAGGAGUUCAAGCAGCUGGCCCUGGAGGACGCCAAAGAAGGCUACCGGUACGGCCUGGAGUGCCUUUUUCGAUACUACAGUUACGGCCUGGAGAAGAAGUUCCGGCUGGAUAUAUUCAAGGACUUCCAGGAGGAAACCGUGAAGGACUACGAAGCUGGCCAGCUCUACGGGCUGGAGAAGUUCUGGGCCUUCUUGAAGUACUCCAAAGCCAAAAAUUUGGACAUCGACCCCAAGCUUCAAGAAUACCUCGGCAAAUUCCGACGUCUCGAGGACUUCCGAGUAGACCCCCCCAUGGGUGAAGAGGGCAGCCACAAGCGACCCCCGGCGGCAGCAGGGUCCGGCAGCGGCGAGGGCCGAAAGCGGUGCCCCUCCCAGUCCUCCAGCCGGCCCGCCGCCCUGGCUGGCCAGCCCCCCACACUGCCCGCCGGCCAGCCCGUCCGGGAAGAUGCCAAAUGGACAAGCCAGCACUCAGACACACAGACUUCGGGAAAGUGAAAAGCCCCUCGACCAGGGGUCUGGGGGCGGGGGGAGGGUGGGGGUGGGCCGGCGUCCACGGGGGCCCGGCCCCAGGAGAGGGAGCAGAGAAGGGCAGGCCUGGGGCCGUCGGGGGCCGCGUGCCGUCUGUGCGCGCCAUCGGGACUGCCCACGCCCGGCGGCAGGAGCCCCCAGCCUCCCCUCCCUGGCGCCUCACGUCCACCGUCUGCUGAGGGGGAGGGGAGGGGGAGGUUUUUAAUAUAUAUAUAUACAUAUAUAUAUAUAUAUCAAGUUUUAAAUUAUUGAUAGUAUGUCUGGAUUACCAAAAUCACUCUGCAGCCCUGCCUGCAGCCGGCAGGCCACCCCGGCCCCACCCGUGGCCUCCUGCUCCUCCAGCCAACUAUGCACCCGCAGAAGGCCCUGGGGGCCAUGGCCGCGCCCCGGCCCCGGGAGCACCGGCCCCUGGCCAUCGGGGCUCGCCAUCACCACGUCCUCUCCCUGCCGCCCCACCACGCCCUUCUGCCACCUGGGAGAAGGAAACCAAAGGAUCUGAACGGGCUGGUGGCUUCGGCCUCGGCCCCUCCCCCGCGCCCAAGCCCAGAGACGCUGCUCAUCCCAGAAGACUAUUGAAAGAGGAUUUAUUUUAUUUUUCUCUGAUCUUUCCAUCCUUGAAAAAGUGGGAAAACAAGCAAACAAAAAAAGGACAAA